CUUAGCUUGAAGCAGGAACGAAUUUCCGAGGCUGCUGCUUUCUGGACGGUUACGCCGAGAAUACCCAAAUAACAGGAUGAGGACUCGCACAGUGUGCCUGCUAGCGGUUUUCGUGCUCGUGGCUGUGGCGGCAUGCCGGGCGCAGGUCAACUUCACGCCGUGGUGGGGCAAAAGGGUCCUUGGCAGCCCCAGCUCCCACGACUGCGUCAGCUCCUCGCCCGAGGCGCUCCUCGGCAUCCUAAGCGCAGCGCAGGCUGAGGUGCAGAAGCUUGCUGACUGCAAAAUGCUUACAUCACAGGCGAAUUCCUGAAUGCACCCAGUCUCAUCUGGCAAUCGAACAUAUUUAAAAAAGGAAGCUCUCUUCACUUACGUUGAAAAUGUCCCAAGU